CUAGGUUGUUAUGCAAUGCGUGAUGUCACGCCGGUUCCGAGAAUUGCCGUCUUUUCUUUAACAACGUUUUUACCAGGAAACAGCUGGGACGCAACAUGUUGUUAUCAUUUGGCGGCAAUUAAUGUUCUGUCGCUGUAAGUGCGUGUAAUAUGAGAAUGGCUAAUACAAUACUAAUUAUAAUGUUGGUUACGUUUUGCAGAAACAUGGAAGGACAUCAGUUAACGACCCGUGAGAGCUUACACCACUGUACCUAUUGUGAAGGGCCGUGCUCAGCUUGCCAACCAGGAUAUUUUGGAAACCAUUGUCAUAAGAAAUGCAGUCCUUGUGAUGAAGAUAAUUCUGUGAAUAUUAGUGCAACGUGGACAUACAACUGUGCGUCAUGCGGUGGUCAUUGCAAGUCCUGUUUGUCUGGUUGGUAUGGAGACAACUGUACACAGAGAUGUAUAAACUGCGGAAAAGAUGGCUGUGAUAAAACAACCGGUAUAUGUGUCCAGUGCAAAGACGCUUUUCAUGGAACAAACUGUACGGAACGUUGUCCAGCAACGUGUUCCCAACGUGUAUGUCACCGCCGCACCAGCGUUUGUUUGGAUGGCUGCCAGAAAGGGACAUGGGGAGACCAGUGUCAUAUGCCAUGCAGCAGUGGGUGUUUGGAUGGGGAAUGCUUCUUUGAUGGUACUUGCCACUGUAAGCCAGGAUACCAGGGUUCUGAAUGCUACCCAUCUUACACUUAUCCAGAGCUGAGCAAACCAACUACAUGUAUAUAUCAUGACGAUAGAUACAAAGUAGCCCUUUUCGUAACAACUUCAGUGUUUUUGUGCAUCAUCAUUUCAGUGGUAGUCGCAUGGCGAAGACUGGUCAAGACAUCACGCAAAUAUCCAGGCUUUGUUGACGAAGAGGUGAAAUUAGUCAAAUGUGACACAGGAAUCGGAAAUGACGCACCUAUUAUGAAAACACAGCCAGUGAUUGAAUUCGAAAGAUCAAUAUUACUAUCUGUUAUAAAGAAUGUGUUGGAAGAAAACCAGAAACUAAAACAGAAUGAAAUAUCGGUACAGCCAAGAAUCGAAAUAUCGAUACAAUGGACGAAACAAUCAGAAUCAUGUCUCAAUACAAUACUAGAUGAAUUCAGGAGUGUUGCUGCGCAGAGAAAGCAGCUGAUGAUAAAUGCAACUGAAGCAAUUAGAAAUGAAUUGAAAGACAUCAGUAUAAAAGGCAAAGUGCUGGUUGCCUUGCCAAGUGCUUCAGAGCUUCCCAUAAUUGAAUUCACUAAGGAAGGGAUUACAAACAUGUGCCGAAAACAGAACCAAGAACCUCAUUGGUUAACAGAAUGGAAGAAAAAUGUCACUACAAAUUACUUGAUAACAGAGACGGAGAAGUCUUUCCAACUUGAUGUUUGCCUGGAGACGCUGAUGUCUGGACAGACUUUGGGUGUAAUUGUCGGGGAUUGCUUGGACCAAGCAUGUCUUCAGAAUAAUGAGUUAUUGGAGAUGUUUGCUGGAUCUGACAAAUAUUCGUCAUGUUUCACAACAGAUUUGGUGUUGCUAAUAGCAAAUGACCGUUCGUUAACUGCGCCCAUACUAUCCCAAAUAGGAAUGGUGAACCCAUCGCAGUGUGCCUCUGACUUUGUGGCUAAACUUUGCGAUCUGGUACAGCGCAGGGCAGCAGAUAUUACAGCGUCAGUUCUGUCAGCGCUAAUGAAUGUAUCAGAAGGUUUUGCAGUUUGCCAAGUUUUUGGAUCGUCUUUGUUUGACCACAGUGUCAAACAUUUGGAUAAAGUGAGAACAACAGUUGAACAGCUGAACGGCUCAACUAGGCUAACACAAGUGCACCUUGAAGACCAUAUUCUCAUCACAGCUACUAGAACAGAUAUUGCUUAAUACAAUGUAUAUCAACCUGGGUGUUUUAAAAUUGUCUUACCAUGUACAACUGCUACGAUGCAAUUAUUGUUUAGUUAAAGUUUGUUUAUAUAUAUAUA